GAAUAGAUGGGACCUGGUGGGCCACACGUAAAAUAUUAGGACCCUAAGGUGACUGCAAUUGCUUCAGCCCCAGCUUAAGGGAAACCAGGGGAGAACCCGGAGGAGGUGAUGAGCUCAGUGUGGCCUCCUGACAGAGCAGUCUGCGGGGAGAUUGACUGCCCAGGAGAGCAGUUAUCCAGCUGGAUGAGGAAAGGAUGGAGACCCAGAAGUCUUGGGUUUUGUAAACACCGCCCUUGUGCAAGUACCUCUUGCAUAAUACUUUGUUUCAUUGUGCUGGUGAGGAAACUAAGACUUAGCAGCAUAAGAUAUACUCAAAUCACACAGGCAGAAGCCGGACCCUGAACUCGGGCGCAGCUUUUCCUUUGCUUUUAAACAUGAACUGUAUUGAAGGCAGCAUUCCUGCACCUGCGUGCUAGCAGCCUGGUGAAUUCAAGCAAGUGCACACUCGGGAACCCAGCGCCUGCACCAAGAGCGAGACCCUCAGACCCUGGAGGCUUCCCGAGGGCUCCCUGCCCCGCUCCGGACAGUGUAGCAUGGUUUUGCCCGUUUCUGUGUGUAGAUGCCUGCGCCCUUGUUUUUAUCGUGUGUCAUCUGAAGCCACCAGGUUAGCACUCUAUGUAUAUGAAUAUCUGCUCCAUGUAGGAGCUCAGAAAUCGGCUCAAACAUUUUUAUCAGAGAUAAGAUGGGAAAAAAACAUCACAUUAGGGGAACCUCCAGGAUUCUUACAUUCUUGGUGGUGCGUGUUCUGGGAUCUCUACUGCGCUGCUCCGGAGAGGCGGGAGACGUGUGAGCACUCGAGUGAAGCCAAGGCCUUCCACGACUACAGUGCGGCCGCAGCUCCCAGCCCCGUGCUGGGAAACAUCCCCCCGGGAGAUGGCAUGCCAGUAGGUCCUGUGCCACCAGGCUUCUUCCAGCCUUUUAUGUCACCUCGGUACCCUGGAGGUCCCCGGCCCCCUCUGAGGAUACCUAAUCAGGCGCUGGGCGGUGUACAGGGCAGUAAGCCUCCAAUUACCCAGAGGCUCAUGUCCUCAUCCCUUGCAGGACACCCGAAUAUGGCUGGGCCGAUGCAGAGAAUGACUCCCCCUCGAGGGAUGGUGCCCUUGGGACCGCAGAACUAUGGAGGUGCAAUGAGACCCCCACUGAAUGCUUUAGGUGGCCCCGGGAUGCCUGGCAUGAACAUGGGUCCAGGUGGUGGCAGACCUUGGCCAAACCCAACGAAUGCCAAUUCAAUACCCUACUCCUCAGCCUCGCCGGGGAAUUACGUGGGUCCACCAGGAGGUGGAGGGCCACCAGGAACACCCAUCAUGCCUAGCCCCGCAGAUUCAACCAACUCUGGAGACAACAUGUAUACUUUAAUGAAUGCAGUGCCUCCUGGACCUAACAGACCUAAUUUUCCAAUGGGCCCUGGAUCGGAUGGUCCCAUGGGAGGACUAGGAGGAAUGGAGUCACAUCACAUGAAUGGCUCUCUAGGCUCAGGAGAUAUGGACAGUAUUUCCAAGAAUUCGCCCAAUAACAUGAGCCUGAGCAAUCAGCCGGGCACCCCGCGGGAUGACAGCGAGAUGGGGGGGAAUUUCUUAAACCCUUUUCAGAGUGAGAGUUACUCCCCGAGCAUGACAAUGAGUGUGUGACGCGUCCCGAGUCCCCUCCUGGACAUGCCGGAGCCGCCCUCCACAGAGCCCUCCGGAAGAACCUUCCUCAUCACCGUGUACAGUGAACAGAUCUCAGUCGCACCACGCCAACCCGUUUAUUUCCUGCUCUCUCCCCUUUUUUGUGAAGAAAGCGGGUCCAAACGCGAUUCAGACCACCACGGAGCGGCACAGUAGAAUUGCCUGAGACCGAACUGCAGAUAACUGUCUGUGUAUGUAUAUGUGUGGGCAGAGGAUGUAUCGUGUGUGCGGCUGUCACGCGGACACGCACGCACGCACGCAUCGACCCACAGGACAUUGUAAAAUAUGACAUGACAUCUUACGUAGAAAUAAGUAGGGACUUUUAUUCCAUUCUUUUUUUCACGUUUACAUUUUAAUUAUUAAAAGUUGCUCCUGCCCCCUCCUUGAACUAUUUUGUGCUGUGUAUAUCACUGCUUUAUAUAAGUUAUUUUUUAAGGUGAACUCAGAUGUUAUGGUUUUGUAAAUGUCUGCAAUCAUGGAUAGGAAUAAAAUCGCUUAUUUGAGAGCUUUCAUUAAAUUGUGUCUGAUGCAAGUCAUCCUGUGAACCCUCAGUGUGCUGUCUCAAGAAACGGGAGAGAGUACAUCUUCGUGCUUACGUUACCACCAGCCCGUUGUCGGUCACCUUCAGGAAAAGGCAGUUCUGUACUUUUUCUCUGAAGACAGAAAGCGCUUCAGUAGAAGUGUGGCUAGGGUUGCACACCGUGUGUCCCUGCAAUAACUGCCCUAAGUGGAGUUCUUGGUUUGUUUGUCUUAGAUGAUACGGAAAUCACCAAUUAGUUCAAAUGACUCAGACCACAGCAAUAAAGUGACAGGGGUCGUCAUGUUUUUAACAGUGUGUUUUCUCUUUAACAUGUUAAGCCCAGAGGUGAUAGCAAAACCAUUGGCUUGAAUUUGUGGCUCUUUACCAGGCCUGCUCAAGGUAGAUGUUUCAUGACGCGCCGUUGUGAAACGGUAUCAGACUUUGGCUCAGGCUCCCAGUGGAUGCAGGCACACAGAUGCUGCCAGCGGACACUGCAAAAGAGGCGAGCCUCUCAGCACAAGGGGAGAAAGAGUUACUGGGACACCGAAGGGCAGCAGGAUGCUGCCGCUUCUACCCCAAGAUCCUGCUGGCAAGAGAAGCCCUGUCCCUUCUGUGUCUCUUCUCCCUGGCAGCCAGCGCUAGCUUGUAUUUCAAAGCAAAUGCCAGUAGUAACUUACCUUCUUCCAACCACUGAGUUCAGUGAGAUUGUGUGCUGACAGUUUAGAAAGAGUGAAGAAAUGCUAAAAAAAAAAAAAAAAAAAAAAAAUUAAUCCCUUAACAAAGCACCUGGCUCUACACUUCCCAGAUCUCUGGGUUGUGUUUAAUUAUACACGCAAACACCAAAGUCAUAGUAAAAAAUGUGAAGACCCAAUCCAAGACUCUGAAAGAUAACUUGGUGACCCUUUGUGUUUCAGUCACGACACAGCCAAACUCCAGAGACCUUCCAAAGCGUGGCUCAGUCUCACAUAAGGGAAUCUUCUCUUUCCGGGGGCUCCUGGUCUCUUAAGUGGAAAGGCAGCCGUGUACUUACCAGUGUGGUCCCAUACGGCUUAUCUCCCUUGAAUCCAUAGUAAUUUAUCCCUCCUGCAAAGUACAGAUUUCACCUGUACAUGACAGAAAUGCCACACAGAGGGGAAAAAAGAGUCGAGAUCAAAUUUAUGUUGCACAUUAAAACUGUGAAGAAAGGAGUUGAAGCUAGUAGCACGUGUGUCAGGCGCCAGAGGCCUGGUGUGGAGGAUUCAGACCACGAGGUCUUUACCUCCAGCCACUACAGGUUACACUUUGUGCAGACACCUGACUUACCAAGACCACCUGCACCCACUGCUUUUUGUGACAGAGCUACAAAAAUAGUUCUCUGAUUAUGCAUAACCUUGUAAUGCUAGCAUUUUAGACAUUUUGUUAGAUCUCCUGCAUUGUUGCUGAUCUUGAAUUUCCUUUAUUUGCCUUCUGAGAAGAUACUGUUUCUUAUCACAAAGAAUUACGGGCUGGCUUUUACUUGUUCUUAUUUUGGGGGUAAACCUAGAACACGAAUGGUACAAGGGGCCCCAUUAUUUCUAACAUCUAAAAGGUAAAAUUGGUGUGUUUGUGUUUAACGUAUAGCAAUCAGUUCAUCAUAAGUAAUUAUUUCUUUUUGAUUCUGGGAACGCAGAUUUAAAACAGCUAUUUCAGAUUUUUUAAAUUUUCCUGAAAUAGUUGAAAAAUUAUUUUUGAGGGAAAAUUAUAUUCAAGAAGACUAGAAUAUGGAAGUGCUUACUUUUUAUAUACUGAGUAUUUGCAUUAAUUUUUACUUAGGUUUUGGAUCAUUUAGCCUCACUAUUUUUUCUUUGGAUCAGAACAUUUAGCCUGUUUUUCUUACGUUUCCCUUCUCUAUUUGUGUUGCUCUCGAUAUGUAAUGCCUACUGCUAGGAUUAUUUUUACACAUCUCACCUCACAUGAUAUCAGCAAUUCUUGCCUACUUUGAACUUGAAAUGCACAUGUAACUUGUAAACACAGCUGAAAAUGUGGCUUUCUUUUACUCCGCUUUGUAUUCUGCAGAAUACUGCAGUUCAAAGCCAUUCUUUCCAAGCUGUGCCUGACUUUUAACCAGCUGCCCCCACCCCGCUGUCCUUGGAGCAGUGGCCGAGGGCACCAUUGACCUGGGGGAGCCACACAGUCUGUGGGAGAAUCAGUGUCCCUGUGGGAAUGUGGCGGCUUGGACUCUGUUGCUGAGGAACUGAGUUUUACAGAACCUGAGGUUAAGAUUUCUCUAUUGCCAGAAGACUCAUAAAUCGACUCUUUUCCCUCAGCUGUGGAAAGUGCCCCAAACACCCCUUUUCUUCCAGGAACAGAAUAGAGAAAACUUCUUCCACUUUGUUUGUAUGAUUCUCUAAAACACCUGAACUCCAUUGCACUGCAUAGGGUCAUUCAGCUGACAGGCUUGCUUCCAUUUAAGAGACAUCAAGUUUCAAUAAGAGCUCUGUCGGGCCACGAGGAAGCCCCACCUGUCGUACCUUUCCUUCAUCUGUUGGCAUCAGAGCUGCUGCCUGGCCAGGGGCCCCGCCGCAGGCUUGGACCCCUGGUGCGGCCUGCUUGGUGCUUCCUGGCCCUCUCCGUGGGCCCUGCCCAGUCCCUCCCUUCUGCGAAGCGAGGUACCAGAGGGAACAUUGUUCCCUUCCCAGCCUCCAUGCCACUCACCCCCACGGAGUGCAUAGAGAACAUCAUAGUUUCCCAGAGGAAGUCAUUACAGUUUUCAGUGUGUGACUGUCAUUGUUAAUUCUAACCAGGACUCCAAACCAUGGCUUCUUGACCUCGGCAUGUAUGAUAGUCUUUUGACACUGGCUUUCCCUCUUUUUAUGUACUAUAAUUCUUUUUCCUUGAAAACACCAUUUGAUGCAAAUAGGCCAUAAAUAGGUAAUGUAAGAAGGUGAAGUCCAGUAUGGACAGAGUUGUCAUGUAUUUUUCAGAAAUAUUAAUCUUUAUGUUUCUUACUCGCCAUGAGGAGCAGGUGUCUGUGUUUGCUUAAAGCAGUGAUACCCACCUCUUAAGCAUUUGUAAGAACCUCCCCUGGUCUGUGAACUCUACCUUGAGAAAUACUGUAAAAGAGUGGUGAAUCCCUGUUAAUUACACUCCAUUUUACACGCUAAAUAUGUGUGUAUGUCUGUGUGCUUGUGUUAGGGGUGGUAGCCGGAAGUUUGCUCACCAAACACUCCCACCCACCAUGAUCCCCAUCAUUCUCUAGCUUAACUUAUAAAUAUUAAACAUAAUUCUUUUUCUUGGCUACUCUGCACCUCCAUGGUAAAGCAGACAGGAGACUCUGGGGAUGGAAAGAGACUGGCCCAGCUCCAACCCUGGCGUCCCCAGACCCAGGGUCAACACCCGUGUCAGCUUGCCCCUGUUGGCCUUCUGAUGGGGAUGCGUAUCUCAAGUCCAGGGUACACAUGCGCAUUUCCUUCUUCGCCAUUUCACUGAUCUUGCCAGGCACAUACAGCAAUUCCAGUUUUUCGAUGCGCACAUUUGUUUAUAAGAAAUAAAUUGGCGUUAUUCAUCUAUUUCACCAAAAGCACCCACUUUGCCAUGAACCAUAACUCAGACUGAAAAGGACAACCUCCAAAUGGAAAAUAUACCUGAGACCUCUUUCAUUCCUUUUUAAAACUAUGUUUUAAAGAGAAACUGUCAGCUGAGUAAGUCUCCUAAGAAUUUCCUCUCUUCCACUUCCCCUGUUAAUGUAAUUGGUUUUCCUCCAUAGAAGAGUAACUUCUGUAAGAAGUUUAAAUGUGAAUAUUUUUGCUGUCUACAUCUUUAAUAAUGAAAUAUAGUGCUCUGUAUAGAUAUUGUAAAUGUUAAAGUGGGACGCAGGGCUUUCACAUACACAGUAACAGUCUGUCUCUUCCCUCUUUGCACAUUUAUUGGUCCUUAUCAGGACACAUGUUGGGCUCAUGUUGACUAUCCUAGUCAUUGAAAUGUUACCACCUGCUCCUAAAUACUUAGCAUUUCAUUUGUAAGAUGAGAUAUGCUGUUAGCAUAAUAUAGACAAGUAUUGAUAGUCUCAGAACAAUGGUAUACAAGAUUUAUUCCCAGUUAACAUUACAGCUUUAUCCCACUUUCCCCUUCACACCAGGUGGCUUCAGUAUCCUCAGAACACAGCACAAUGCGAUGUCAACUAAGUUUUCAUCAUGUCUUGGUAAAGUUGUUCUGUUAAAUGCAGUUAACCGUCUAUUUACUAGAAAACAACAAGUCUAACGGUCUGUCCAGUUUACAAAAUCUGACAGCAAAUCUACUUGCAAUUUUGCAGAAGUAGAACUUCUCUUCAUAUAAAUGGCUGAUUGAAAUGUGUGUUUGACUUUCUACUGGGCUAUACUUCACAGUGCUUUACUUUCCGUCCAUCGAGACAAGGCUUACAGACAAUAUGUGAGGGUGAAAACGUGACAGAACGUGCCGUGGUUUCAAACAUGAAAAAUGGAGAAGUCUUUAUAAAUAGAAUUCUUUACUCGUGAUAACCAUCCGCUUCUUGAAUUGUUUAAUUUAUCUGAUUGUGAUUUUAAGAUGUUAAGAUAUUUUCUUAUUACAUGUGUUAAAUUGUUACCCGUAAUGUCUUCCUGGAAAAAUUAUUUGUAAGAUUUUUAUAAAUGCACAAUUUAUGUAUAAAUAUAAUGGAAUCUGAGGUGACUCAGUAAUUUAUUCUUCAUUCAGUAAUGGCCACCAGCUAUCUGACAUGCUUUGUAAAUUUGCUGCCUGUGUGUGUGUGUAUGUGUGUGUGUGUGUGUGUUCUCACAUGCACAUUGUUACAGUAUCCUCAAAUGGAUUUAUCCUUCAUGUUUUUGUAAAAGUACCAGAACUAUUCAUGUAAUGGGAAAAGUUGCCAUAAAGAUGUACAUAUGCCCCGUUAA